ACAAACUUGCUUGACGUUUAAAAACAAUGAAAACGGGCGCAAAUAGAAAGCAAAAUAAAUUAAAAUAAUAGCGUAUUUAAUGUAGAAUAUGUUAGUUAUAAAAAAACAGUUUUUGUACAAAAGAUUCCUUUGUAAAAUAUAAGUGAUAUUGUGUAAAACAUGUGUCAAAUUACGAUUUUACCCGAGUAGUCUUGUAGACCAUGUGCAGUUUAAUAAAAUAAAAUGGGUUCCCCGGACGAAUUACUGAUAGAAAGACUGCGAAAAGAGAACUUAGAUCAAUUCUUUACUUUAGUGCGCAUGCAUCUAUCCUUUGUGGUAGACAUAAAUACAGACGAUGUUGAUUGUUCAACUGAUAAACCAAAGCAAUUUAGAUGGAAUUUUCAUAAGAAGAUAAAGAAUUCGGCACCUAGUUCUAGUCAACAGAGCAAUGGCACUGGUGUAAAGAUUGGUGCAGAACCAAGCUCUAUUACUGAGGAUGGUAUCCUAAGGCUUACCGAAUUGAUUGACUUCUUGUCAUUGCCAGAAAAUGUAACACAAGAAGGCAUAUUCCGCCGCACGGGCUCCCUCACCAGACAGCAGGAGCUGAAGCAGCUGCUGCUCACUGGCUCAAGCCUCGGGCUGAAAGAAGGCAGGUUCACGGUGCAUGACUGUGCAUCUGUACUGAAGGGCUUCCUUGCUGAGCUGCCACAGCCGUUACUGAUGGAUCAGUAUUAUCAGACUUAUUGUACUUUAGCUGCCCAAUAUCCCCCAAACCUUGAAGCAUCGGAGCCCAAACUCCUCACAGCCCUACAGCUGUUGCUGCUCCUCCUGGCCCCGCUGCACCGCAACUUUCUACAACGGCUCCUCACCUUGCUCACACUGGUGGCGGACAAUGAGGCUUCAAACAGAAUGUCACCGGACACACUGGCUACUAUGUUCACGCCACACUUACUGUGUCCUAGAAAAUUAUCGCCGGAAACGUUCCACGCGGACGCGAUAGCGCUGUCUCCGUUGAUCAGCUUCAUGAUCCGCCUCUCGGGCCGGCUGUUCCUGGCGCCGCCGCAGCUGGCCACGGACGCGCGCGCAUACUUCACGGCGAGAGAAGCGAGGCUCGACGAGAGCGUGUCCGAUAAAACGGCAGCAAACACAGUAUACACAUUCGUGGACCGAGGUCGAACGGCAGCAGAGAACUUGUCCAACCCUACAGAUACGGCUUUAGCGCAGUUAUACGCGCAUAUACAAGCCCUACCUGAGUCUACACACAAACGACGGCUCAUCAAACACUUCAACCGGCAGAAUGGAUAUGGCACACCAAUACAGAUCCAAAGAACGGGCAAAGUCGCGGGCUCUAGGAGUUUCGGCGACUCCAUCAAGAGACACAUUUUCAACAAGGGGCUUCUGAACAAAACGCCCAAGAAAGGAUCCGGCUCCACUAUCAAUUCCAUUGAAGAGAAAAAGAAACGCCUUGACGACAAAAACGAAAUCUUACAUAAGAACAUCGUUCUUAAGAACCUGGUCCAUAAAAUUGCCAGUUCCGAAUCACUAGAUGAUGAUGAUUACGAUUCGGACGCUAGCAAUGAAAGCACUUUAUCCGAAGGAGCUAUUAGUAGAAGAAGGAAAACAAGUCCCAAAUUUGUAUCGGAGCCGAAUUUAAGCAUGAUAGAUUGCGAAGAAACACCUAAAAAUACUAAGAAAGCUUCUAGACUAUUCCGUUCAAAAUUACUAUCCGCAUCUCAGAAUAUAAACAAGAAAUACCAAAAGCGAAACACAGUUAUAAAAGGCACACCAACCUCAUGCGUCUCAUGUUUCGAUGAGCAAGAUUCAGAAAACGACUUGUCAUACGACAGUCCGAUCAAAGAAACUCCAAAGAAAAGGCCUAACGAAGAAUUCCGGUUGCACUAUUUGACAAGCACACCGGGCAUAGCGGAGGCGCCUAUUAUAGAAGACUGUGCCACGCCUUAUACAGUUAACUUUAGACGGGCUUCGAUGUCUCCAAUAACGAAAUCUACGCAGAAACUGUCAAAGGCUAUGCAGGAGUCUAUAAUGACGCCGCGGUCGCGCAAGCCGCUCAUCAUCACGUGCGAGCAGCGAGACGCGGCGUGCGAGCGAGACGCCGCGUGCCAGCGAGACGCCGCGUGCGAGCGAGGCAGCGGUACGGCGCGGGAACGGGACGCGGCGAGUGAGAGUGCGCUCGGGUUAGCGAGGGACAAUGACAGCGAUUUUGUGUCGUCGGAUGAUGACACGAGGUCUACGUUCUCUUGUGAAAGAUCAAUCACAUCAAUACCCCGUUCUAGAACGUUCGACGGUCGCUCCCUGUCCGCCGGCGACAUCAGCCCGCACACACACGCCACGUGCUUCCUCCGCCACCCCCGACCCAUCAUCGACGACCUCAACGCCACGCUAGAGCCCCCAAGGAUAACACUCACUCAAGAGCGAGCCCGGUCCCUCACGGACCCUUUCCGUGACUACCUCCUUAGCAGAUCGGUGCUCACCGCGACCCCUGUCGACUUGUCCAUACUCAACACUUCCAAAGAUAAAGAAGAAAUAUCGGACUCCCUCCUGUAUUGCCUCGACGGCAACGUUCCUUCGGAUCUCACCUCGUCGAUCGGGAAUCUGGCCGUGAAUAAUGAAUCACUUCGAUCUCCCCUGAAAAAUGUGAAUGGAGUCGCCGAGAGUCUGAAUAGAAAACGGGCCAGUUCGCUAGUUUAUAAAGAUGAAGAAGUCGGUGUAAAGAAGGCGCUGGUUGAAAAAGAGAAUGUUGGCGAAGCGGUUUAUGAAAUCAGAGAAACUGAUCUCUAGAUAAUUUUAAAUGUAAUUGCCAAAGAAUGUUAGCAUUGUGAUAAAACAGAGUUAGUUUUGUUAACUAAGAUUCAGAAUACCGAAAGUGCCUUUUAUGGAGAGGCGCUAGUUUUUCUAAAGUCUCUACGAGGCUGAUAGCCGUCAACGUAUGUGUAAAUACGACAGUAUUUUAGCGCUCCUUUUUAAAAUACCUUUAUUUUGCUUUUCUCUUUACCUGAUUCAUGAUAUACCUGGUUAGAACAUGUUGUGUAAGUACUUCAAGGAUUUUUGUGUCCGGAUGUAAUAUUUUUGAAAUCCGGUAUAACAAGAAUCUGAUAAAUAGGUAAAGCUGUUAAAUCUUACCUCUAGUAGCCAUUUGUAAAAUGGGGUAUUUUAGAAACGAGCGUUUUUUUUGCAUUCAACUGUACUUACAUGUUUGUAUUUAACUUUUAUUUAGCUGUAUACGAAAUUAAACUUUCUCAUAACACUACUAUCGUCACAAUAAAAAUAUCUCUUGGCUAUAUUUUAUUUGUUUAUAAUUUUAUACUUAAAAAAAUAGUUCUGUUUCUUCUCUAAUUUCGUUAUAUGGAUAUCCGUAUAUUUGUAUCUUCUUAUGAAUCGUUACUGAUAACAAUGCCAAAUUAUUAUUUUAGUUAUAACUAUAACUUUUAUUUUUUUACCACUACACAUGCGAGUGAGAUAUAAAAAAUUGGUCAUAGUUUGAAAACGUUUGAAAAAAAUUCAGCAUACAUGUUUUCAAAAAUUCCUGAUUUCGUCAUCGUACUUAACUUUAAUGAUCACAUUUUAAUUUUACCAUUUUGUUGUAAAACUAUUUUUUUUUUCGGAAUAAGGUAGGUAUAUUGAGAAUCAGGUAAAACGAAAAUCUGCUGUUUUGGAAAAAUCUUUUCACCGGUAUCUGGUGUAAUACAUCACACGCAACAACUAUGCUCUGACAAAAUUUGCAAUAAAGUCGUAUACAUUGUAAUUAAAUAUUUAAAAAUAAUUACAAGACAUGAUCUGGUUUGUAUCUCACUCUUCUUAAGAAAUGUUAUUAAUUUAUUUAUUAGUCAGCCAUAGAUUAAAAAAAAUAAAAAUGACCAUAAGACCUUUUUCUAUAGUAAUGUA